AUGGCUUCUAAUCCUUGGUGGCCCUCGUCUUCGGAUGACGAAGAGGAGAUGUUUUUCGCAAACGCUGUUCUACGGGCGGGACAGAUUUUAAUCGAAGAGGAAGAGGAAGAGGAAGAGGAAGAGGAAGAAAUUGGUGAAAAUGUUAUUACCACACGAAUACGCAUUAACAGAGACCGCCAAGGAGCGCACGACAAAUUGGUGAACGAUUAUUUUUCGGAUGAGCCACUUUACAACGCCGACAUUUUUAGACGCAGGUUCCGAAUGAGUCGCCGCUUAUUCACAAGGAUUGCCAAUGAUUUGGCGGGGCUAGACCCGUUUUUCACGCAACGUCCUGAUGCUCGAAAUUAUGAAGGGUUUACAACGUUACAAAAGUGUACUGCGGCCAUUCGACAACUGGCGUACGGGACAGUGGCCGACGCUUUGGACGAGUACUUACAGAUGUCGGGAAGAACUACGCGGGAAUGUUUGUAUCGGUUUUGCCAUAAUGUGGUGAAACUGUAUAGCAAAAAAUAUUUGCGGAAACCAAACGCGUAUGAUGUUCAACAGUUGUACCAAGCGCAUGAAGCAAGGCACGGGUUUCCGGGAAUGCUUGGUAGCAUUGAUUGUAUGCAUUGGGGGUGGCAUAAUUGCCCGACUGCGUGGCGCGGCCAAUAUACGCGAGGUGAUCACGGCUAUCCAACUGUGAUACUUGAAGCUGUGGCAUCACAAGAUUUGUGGAUAUGGCAUUCUUUCUUUGGUCUCCCUGGUUCACUCAACGACCUCAACGUGUUAUACCAAUCGGCCAUCUUUACCGAUGUCGUUAAUGGAACGGGACCGGACACAAGUUUUACAGUUUCUGGGGUUGAGUAUAGACGUGGGUAUUAUCUUGCUGACGGGAUAUAUCCGUCUUGGUCUACAAUUGUGAAGACUAUUCCGUAUCCCGAGGACGAAAAACGGAAAAAAUUUGCCAAGCGUCAAGAAGCCGCAAGAAAAGAAUCGAACGCGCUUUUGGUGUCUUACGAAAAAAAUGGGCCAUCGUUGCACAACGGGCACGUGCGUUCACCCCAAAAAGGCUGCAUCUUUGUAUGUACGCUUGCAUUUUGCUCCAUAACAUGA